AGAAGAAAGCCCAAUUACUUGAGCCCCGGUCGGCUCUUUCUGUAAAUCUUCUGCUUUUCAUUCGCCGGCUCCGCCGUCUGCUCCCGUUUUCCACGGCGGUUGAGGGCGUUUAUUUCGCUCCUUACUCCGUCGAUGCGACGUCUUUCUAAGCAUGAGCAUGAUAGGUGCGCAAGCGGAGAGAGGAGAUGAGAAAGUUAAAAGUAUCAUUGGAGUUGACGGAAGAGAUCCUCCAGAGUAUGGAAACGGGCAUGGCCUUCAGAGAUUAUUGCGGAAGAAUCAGUUCCAUGGAUUUCCACAAGCCCUCGAGCUACUUGGUGACUGCUAGCGACGACGAAUCCAUUCGCCUUUAUGAUGUUGCUAGUGCAACAUGUUUGAAGACGAUUAAUAGCAAGAAGUAUGGUGUUGAUCUGGUUUCCUUCACUUCUCAUCCUACAACUGUUAUAUACUCCUCCAAAAAUGGAUGGGAUGAAUCUCUUUGGCUCCUCUCGUUGAACGAUAGCAAGUAUUUGCGAUACUUUAAGGGUCACCAUGACAGGUUUGGUGUGUUAUUUCUUGAUUUUUUCAAUGGGCACUGGAUGGUUCUUUAUACUUGUUACUUUUCUUGCAGGGUUGUUUCACUAAGUUUCUGCUCUCGGAAAGAGUGUUUUAUAUCUGGUUCCCUGGAUAGAACUGUUUUGCUUUGGGAUCAACGAGCUGAAAAGUGUCAGGUUUGACUGGUAUCUUAGUUUAUAGUCGCGGAACUGGUCGUAAUCAUGCUUCAACUUGUGAUAUGAACCUCUAACAAGACGUUUGGUUGCAUUGACACUUCCUGAUAUAGUGUAUUUGAAAUUGCAGGUGUAGCAAUUCAUUUUUGGGUGAAAACAUGUAGUAAUGUUUACUACAUCAAAAUGAUGCUUAUCUCAAACACAGGGGGUCUUUUGCGGGUCCAAGGACGGCCUGCUGCAGCACAUGAUGAUCAGGGACUUGUUGUUGCCAUUGCCUUUGAGGAUUCAUCAGAAUGUUUGAUUCUCGUAAAUAUGAAAAGGGUCCUUUUGGAAUCUAUUCUGUUGGUGGAGAUGCUUUGGAUGCAAAUGCAGUAAAGUUCAGCAAUGACGGCAGACUCAUGCUUGUAACAACCAUGGAUGGGCUUAUACACGUCCUUGAUUCAUUCCGUGGAACAUUGCUGUCCACGUACAAUGUAAAGCCAGUUUCAAGAAAUUCCACAUUGGAAGCAUCUUUCAGCCCCGACGGAAUGUAUGUUAUACCAGGCUCAGGUGAUGGAAGUGUCCAUGCUUGGAGUGUAAGGUCCGGGAAGGAGGUAGCUAGUUGGAUGACUUAUGAAACAGAACCGCAUGUUAUAAAAUUAAAAUGGGCUCCUGGAACCCUUAUGUUUGCAACUGGGUCUUCCGAGCUUUCGUUUUGGGUUCCAGAUUUGUCAAAACUGGCUGCUUAUGUUGGAAGAAAGUAGGUCCUGUAGAUGUCGUUUAGUUUAUCACUGAAUCUAAACUCAUAACAGAAGCCUUACCCAGUUUCUUGUGUUACUAACGCCUAGCUAAUUCCAUAUAGUUAGGUAUAACUCAGCUGUUUAACCCAAUGAACUUGAUGUAUUAAUAGGAGGAACGAUAUACGGUAGUAUGGCUCUGUGAUCUGGAGGAAGCAAAUGGUAAUGCUAGCUAGCUCAAGUAUCCUGGCAACCUGAUUUCCUAUCGGCCUUGGUGGUGCACGGUAUAUUUGUGGUGUGGAAUGAACUCCUGUGAAGUUUCUAAACAUGAUAGUGGGUGCCUGUCCUUAAAGCACAAUGUCACUAGCAGCAUUUAUAAGUUUAUAACCAAUACUGCGAGGCUUGAGAUCAACUAGUUGGCAUUGCCAUGUUGGGAACGGGAAUAGCAUGUUAAAUUAAUCGAUUUACACUCGGGUCAGGUGAGCUAGCUCAUUGGUUCAUGUUCAAAAACCACCAUAAAAGUAGAAACAAGGAAUUGCAUCUUUGGGUGUGGC